AUGGACGCCGGCAGCUUGACGCUUGGCUCACUCAUUCUCCUACUUCAAGGGUUAACUGUCUUCACAGGGACGACCACCGCGGCCGGUGGUUCCUCGGCCGUAAUCGAUGGCUUCCCCGGUGCUGAUUUCCUAGGAGAUUUGGUGUGCCAAUUCGUAAAGUGCGGGUACGGGAAGUGUCAAGCGACGAGCGACGUUGGUGGUUACGAAUGUGUGUGCGACCCUGGUUGGAAGACGCAUAAGGCUCCUCCUUACACUACCGCUGCUUGCAUUCUCCCUAACUGUACUGUCGAUCUUAAAUGUGACAAAACUUCGACGUUGACAUUAGCUUCAGCCCCUGCAACACUGCAUUCAUCUGAUGUCACGAACGCAACACAUAGCCCGGAUUGCAACAACAAGCCUUCAGCACCGCAGCCUUCUCCUUCUCCAUCAGAUGGU